AUAUUGUAGGGCAAAAGAAAGGAAACGUAGAAAAGAGAUUCAUAUGGAAAUAGAAAAGCAUUAACUGUAUUAAUUUCAGAGGACAGUUGUCCAACAGAUCUUGGUUUUCCGGCGAGCCAGCGUUCGUAGAUUUCAAAUCAUUGACUUGCAGCUGCAGGCAACGUUUGUGAUCAUAUGUUUACUUCCUAAAUUUGUAAUUGAGCACUUUUGAUUUUGCGCUUCCAAGGUAAAAGCGGGCAGGGGUUAAUGGAAGCGGAAAUCGAAUCAGAUUCGACGGCUACUUUCAGUUUAUGGACCGAAUUAGAAUUGCAGGAAUUCACUGAAAAAUUCGUGAUUAAAGCUGUGCAAUCGCCGGAUGAUUCCUUCUCGAUAAGCCGGAUUGACGGGAGUAUCGACAAGCUUCACAGUGAUGCCCCUUCUGGAAGUCCUUCUAAAGUCUCCAUUAUUUAUGGGGUUGCUGGAACAAUUAAGUUGCUGGCAGGUACAUAUUUACUAGUUAUAACUUCUAGGAUGGAAGUUGGAACAUAUCUUGGUUUUCCUAUUUUCCGGGUUGUGUCAAUGAAGUUUCUAUCUUGCAAUCAGGCAUCAAAAUUCCUGACUAACCAAGAAAAAAGAGAUGAAGAUUACUUCAUGACUCUCUUGAAGACAGUGGAAUCAACUCCUGGGUUGUAUUUUUCUUAUGGAACAGAUAUAACUCUGAACUUGCAGAGGAGAUGCAAGCUAGCGAAAGGAUGGAAGAGCAAACCAAUUUGGAAACAGGGUGAUCCGCGGUUUGUAUGGAAUAGGAACUUGUUGGAGGAUCUUAUUGAGAAUAAGCUUGAUGGGUUUAUCAUACCUUUACUACAAGGAAGCUUCCAGACUGGAGAUAUGAAAUUUUCAAAUCCAUCUGCUGCUAUAAAAGUUCUUUCACGGAGGUGUACAAGGCGCCUAGGGACUAGAAUGUGGAGAAGGGGAGCCAAUCUAGAAGGAGAUACUGCUAAUUUCAUAGAAACUGAGCAGCUACUGGAAUUUGAAGGUCAUAUUGCCUCUUUUCUACAGGUUCGGGGAUCAAUUCCACUUUUAUGGGAACAAAUUGUUGAUUUAAGUUAUAAACCACGACUCAAUAUCAUCAAUCAUGAGCAGACAUCAAAAGUUGUGGAACGACAUUUUAAUGACUUGCUUCAAAGAUAUGGAGGGUGCAUUGUGGUUGACCUAACAGAUAAGCAUGGAGAUGAAGGUCUGUUAAGUGCAGCUUAUGCAGAAGCAAUGCAAAGUCUUCCUAAUGUGAGAUAUGUUUCAUUCGAUUUCCACCAAUCUUGUGGAAAUGGAAACCUCGACAAUAUAAAGCUCUUGUUUGACCAGAUUUCAGAAGAUUUUGAAACGCAGGGAUACUUCCUUUUAGAUCCUGAAGGGAGGAUUCUAGAAGAGCAGAGAGGAAUUAUUAGAUCCAAUUGCAUUGACUGUCUAGACAGAACAAAUGUUACACAGAGCUAUCUAGCACAGAAGUCGCUAAAUUCUCAACUGCAGAGAGUUGGUGCACUUUCUUCAACGGAAUAUAUUUCAUUGUUUAGUGAAGACUUAGAAACCUUCCGGACUGUAUGGGUCGAGCAUGGUGAUGAGAUAAGCCUUGAGUAUUCUGGAACCCAUGCAUUGAAACGGGACCUAGUGAGAUAUGGAAAACAAACUAUGACUGGUAUAAUCCAAGAUGGGAUGAGUGCCAUCUCAAGAUACUACUUAAACAAUUUUCAGGAUGGUGUUCGGCAGGAUGCUAUUGAUCUUAUCAGUGGUCGCUACACAGUAAAUAAAAGUAGCCCAUCCCGCUCCCUGUCCAGAGAAUUUGACUCCCUCUCUUAUCUUCCAGUGGCAUCAGUUUUGGUACUUGGAGGAUUAACUGUGUCAUCAAUUACAUUGAACCAAGUAGGGGUCGGACGAAGCACACAGAGCCUCCUAUCUUCUGUAGUUUGUGCUGGGCUAACAGCUGGGGUUAUGGCAUUGAUCAAAGCCAAUGGAAGGCAGAUAUGUUCCCGGCCACGCUUGUGUGGUCUGCUGUAAUUGUUUUAUCACUAGUCAGGACACUAGCCACAAUUAAGCUAUGUAAAAUGGGUGUGUUUCUUUUUCUUUUUUUUUUUUCUUUUCUUCGAAACAAUAAAUAAAUAAAUAAAUAAAAUAAAGGGUGUGUUUCUAGUAUGCAUCUUCACUUAUAUUUAUUUGGAUCUUAUUUAUUGUAAAACUAGCACUGCAUCUUGCGGUAGUCCCGAGUCCGAAACAAAUUGCUUGUUGCACUCUAUACAUCC